AGGAGAAUUCAGCAUUUGCAGCACACUUCUGAGGCUCUCUGCCUGUGCUGUGUGCAGGGCGUUUUCUUUGUUCCAAUGGCGUGUGGAGAAAGCGGGGGCAAUAAGAAUUUACUAUGUUUAGGAAUUUUAGUGGUUGCUAGUUCAUUUUGCCAUUGCACAAGACUGACAAGGCUUAAAGCAUUGGAUAAAUUAAGAGGAAACUCGACACUUAGCAAAGGUCAAGCUGAAGGAGGUGAUCUGCGCCAUGGAAGACUCUUAAUUGGGCAAAAUUCAUUGCAAGCUGAUGAACUCAAAGGAACAAAGGCCACUGAAAACGUUCUGGAUGUUGAUACAGAUUACCAAGAAGACAUGGGUUGGGGGGAGCCCAAGCAACCCAAAGGACAGGUUAGUGGCGUUUCAAGGCCAAAUUCGGAGACAUACAGCGCAGUAGUGGAACGACUCCUUAGAAUGGAACCAAAGGUUGAAUGCACAGGAGACUCCAUGAAGCUUCAGGUUCAAGAUGCUGCCUCUACCUGUGGAUCUCUGUUCUUUGUGGACAGAGGAAGUCGCAUGUCACCCCUGCCUCUGUCCAAGUUGCCAUCAAGCUGCGGAUACACUAUCAAGUCAACACGGAGAGAUUUGGUCUUGGUCGCACCUUACGAUGGUUGCUUUGUCGCUCUUGAGGAGGAUAGCUACAUUCUUCCAUUACGUUGGUGUGGGUUACCAGUGAGGAUGUCAUGCCCUUUGACGAGGCAGUCUUCACCUAACCCUCCGAUGGUCACCUGCCACGCUGUGGGCAUGGUUGUGAAAACAACAUGGACGGUCUCUGUUGCUGACCUUCACUUAAAAUUGAAUGGCAACUGGGAGCCACUGAUGAAGGCAUCACCCAGAUGUGGGUUCAGUGUGGUUGUACAUCCUGAAGGUGUGGUCAUCUCUGUUCACUAUGCACCCUGCCUGGAGAAAAAGGAUGGAAUGUACACCCUUGAAUUGGCUGGAGAUGGAGAAAUCCAAAUUUCCUGUCCAUCACUGUCACCAGCUCAAACUGAACAGCCCAAAAAGCCUGGCAAAGUGGAGCAUCCCUCCACCCCUUCUCUGAAAAAUCCAGCACAAUCUGUUCUCCAGGUGCCGAAGAUUCCAGAAGCACCGAGCAAAAAACCAAAUCAAGAGCCAAAGGAUGUUUAUCAUCCUCCAUUACCUUCCUACCCCAAUUUCUUUUACCCCUUUCCUGGAAAACCAAACAUGAAUCCUGCACCUACUGUACAGCCAUCCCCACAAACUGUCCCUCCUGCAAAGCUGCCGGUGACUCCCAAGGGACAAGUGCCCCAACCAUUCAUUCCUUCACCAUUUUAUCCCUGGCCAGCCCAACCAGUAGUGCCUGUUGCAAGAGAGGGCAAAGAUAACCCAACUAUUGCUCCAAUACCUCCUGAGCCCGAAGCCCCACAGGGCCAAGUACACCAGCCAUCCUACCCCUACCCCUUCUACCCUCAGCCAGUUCCUGAAAAGCCAACUGCUGCUCCAAAACCUCCACAGCCUGAAGCCCCUCAGGGCCAAGUACAGCAGCCAUCCUACCCCUACCCCUUCUACCCUCAGCCAGAGCCUGAAAAGCCAACUGCUGCUCCAAAACCUGAGCCUGAAGCCCCUCAGGGCCAAGUACAGCAACCACUCUACCCAUACCCCUUUCCCUUCUACCCUCAGCCAGAAAAGCCAACUACUGCUCCCAAACCUCCACAGCCUGAAGCCCCUCAGGGCCAAGUACAGCAACCAUUCUACCCCUACCCCUUUCCCUUCUACCCUCAGCCAGAGCCAGAAAAGCCAACUGCUGCUCCAAAACCUCCACAGCCUGAAGCCCCUCAGGGCCAAGUACAGCAACCAUUCUACCCCUACCCCUUCCACCCUCAGCCAGAAAAGCCAACUGCUGCUCCAAAACCUCCACAGCCAGAAGCUCCUCGGGGCCAGGUACAGCAGCCAUUCUACCCUCAGCCAGAGCCAGAAAAGCCAACUGCUGCUCCCAGACCUCCACAGCCUGAAGCCCCUCAGGGCCAAGUACAGCAACCAUUCUACCCCUACCCCUUCUACCGUCAGCCAGAGCCUGAAAAGCCAACUGCUGCUCCCAAACCUCCACAGCCUGAAGCCCCUCAGGGCCAAGUACAGCAACCAUUCUACCCCUACCCCUUCCCUUUCUACCCUCAGCCAGAAAAGCCAACUACUGCUCCAAAACCUCCACAGCCUGAAGCCCCUCAGGGCCAAGUACACAAGCCAUUCUACCCCUUCUACCGUCAGCCAGCCCCUGAAUAUCAGCCAGCUGCUGUUCCAAAGCCCCCAGCAACAGAAACUCCUAAGGGACAAGAACAAAAACCUGCUUAUCCACAAGACCCUCAACCAGAGACUCCAUAUAUGCCACCUGUCUACUGCCCUCAGUUUUGCCCACUUGGAUUUUCUAAUUGCUGUCCACAAAUUGCUUUUCAUCAACAUCUACAUCAAAUUGUUCCUGCUGGUAUUGGCAGUGAAAAUGCACCUUUACACUAUCCAUUACUGCCAUUCCUCCCUUCAAAGGUGUAUAAUGGGUUUGGCAAUGGCUUGAGUUCUGCUCCUCCUUUUCAAAUGCCAACUGAAGCUACCACAACUUCCACCUCUGCACCUACUUCAUCUCAGUCCCUUCCAUAUGGAAAGGAGAAGCAGCCACCAGAUGGCAACCCUGCUGUACUCAAUAUUCUCAGCAUGCCUAACAAACCUGAGCAGCCAAUUUACCCUUAUAUUGUCCCAAACUCACUGUAUCCUAACUGGCCAUAUCUGCUGCAAAACUCACCACAACACCAACCACCAGCUCACUACAAUAUGCCCUCUAAACCACAGACUCCAGGAAGUGACCCAGUAAAUCCAUUGCUACAGUAUGAGCCACAUAACCUACAGCCACCAAAGCAGCAAAACAGCCAACUACCGGCCAGUUUCAUGCCUUAUAAUGGUCAGUAUCUACAACAGCAGCAAAAUCAGCCGACAGCGAAGGAACUACAACCAUCUAACCAAAAUCCCAGUGACUCUAAAGAGCCAAUGCCUCCUAAAGUCCAAAGUGAACUUGAUCCUUUUCUGAUCCCAUACUACAUGCUUCAAGAUGAUCAAUCAAAAACUCAAGACAAGUCAACAACCCCCAACCCCUUGCAGCCAUCUUGGAAUGCCUCAAGGAAAUCCCCUAAACCUGAACAGACUGUGCACCCCUAUUCUGACCCAAAGAGUUAUGUGCUGCUACAGCAUGGCCCACCAGGUAGGGAGCCCAACAGGCUAAAUGAAUCUCCACUCCAUUUCAAAUACCCAGCUGGUGAUGCAGACUUCCUGGCACAAAAUCCUGCAAGGCAACACAGCGGUAAACCCCAACAUCCUGAGAAUUCAAAGCCCCCACAUGAAAAACCUCAACACCCCAAACAGCCAGGGAAGGAAAUAUCCAGUCCCUUCCCUAAAGUCAACUACAUGCCAAGGUCUGGUGAUAACUCAGAUGUACCAUUUUACUCUUCGAAUGGCCCUCAUUUUGCACCUUUGCCCCAGGACCCCUCUGUCAGCACAACACAUUUAAAUCCAAAAUUCAAAGGCUUCUGGAGGCCUAUGACACCCCUGGGCUCUGGCCAAAGGAUUCAACCUCUUGUUCCUGGAACGUCAUUUAAACGGAGGAGCUCCACAGCUGACGACCAAGCAAAGGGACUGAACCAACCUAUUCAGAGAGAAGUUGGAAAUUGGAAGCCAUAAUGAGUUGCCUUCAAUGUGAAUAAACAG